AUUUCGAACAUACCAUUUUUAUGUUGCGACUCACAUUAAAGCGUGUUACUGGAGCCUGCGUGAGGUCUUCUAUUCUUUCCACUGGCAUGCUUCAGAAGAGAUGGUUUGCCGCUAUUGGAAAGAAGGCAGCAGAUGGUCCAAACCCCAACGAAUUAAAGGAAUUAGCGUUGAAGAAUGCUAUCAAGCAGCUGGAGACGCAAUUUGGGAAGGGAUCCGUAAUGAAACUGGGUUCAAAAUCACAUUUGGAUGUGCCGGUGAUUAGUACUGGCUCUCUAACGGUCGAUCACGCGCUCGGGAUUGGAGGGUUGCCCCGAGGCCGAAUCGUUGAGAUUUAUGGUCCAGAGAGCAGUGGAAAAACCACUUUGGCGCUUCACACGGUCGCUGAACUUCAAAAAACGGGAGGAACGUGCACAUUUAUCGAUGCAGAGCAUGCGCUGGACCCACUCUACGCAUCUAAGAUCGGAGUUAAUAUUAAUGAUCUCUACAUCUCCCAACCAGAUUCGGGAGAGCAAGCACUUGAAAUAGCGGAUUGUCUAGUCCGCAGCGGAGCCAUGGACAUGAUCGUCGUUGACAGUGUCGCUGCAUUAGUCCCCAAAGCGGAAGCAGAGGGAAACAUGGGAGAUGCUCACAUGGCACUUCAAGCGCGACUGAUGAGUCAAGCCCUUCGCAAAAUCACGGGAUCGCUUUCUCGUUCGAACUGUCUUUUGAUUUUCAUCAACCAAAUCCGCCAGAAAGUCGGUAUUCUCUUUGGAAACCCGGAAGUCACGCCGGGAGGCAACGCUCUGAAGUUCUACAGCUCCGUCCGUCUCGACAUUCGCCGAAAGACGGCGAUUAAGGAGGGAGACGAGGUGAUUGGCUACGAAACGGUGGUAAAAGUGGUGAAGAACAAGCUGGCGCCACCCUUCCGAACCGCCUCGUUUGACAUGAUGUUUGGAACGGGGAUUUCGAAGACGGGCGAGAUUCUCGAUCUGGCGAUUGAGGACGGGAUCAUUCAGAAGAAGGGCGCGUGGCUGAGCUAUCAAGGAGAGAAUUUCGCGCAAGGACGAGCGAAGGCGAAGGAGUACUUGAUGGCGAAUGAAGAGCUGUGUAGGAGUUUGGAGGAGCAGCUGCGCGAGAAAUGGAAGGAGCAGGAGAAUCAGCAGGGACAAAGCGGAGGGAGCUCAAUGGAAGAAGAGAAAGAGGAACAAGAUAUUGUAAACGAGCCAUUGAAUGAAUGA